AUGCCUCCAUAUCUCCCCGAUGAGGUGCUGAAUGAGAUAUUCAGUCACCUUCUCACUCCAAAUCGGAAGCAUCACUUCCGCCAUGAUUGGCACGACGACUGUACACAAGUUCGGCUCGUCUGCAAGAGAUGGAACGUCGUCGCCACCCAGCACCUGCUCAGUACUGUGGUACUUCGCCAUAGCUGUUUCACCAUGAACGAUAACUUCAGAUCCUGGCAUAAACUCUUGAACUCACGACCAGUCAGAAACUCUGUUCGCCGCAUUGCGAUCGAAACAGCACUCCAGGUCGAGGAGUGGGGAUCGGAUGACCGCGGUGCAUGCGAAGUUUCUAGGUGGCCCUUGUCAUGGAGACGUGAUGGCAAGUGGCGUGAGUUUGAAUCCGCCGUCAAUCGACUACGACAUCUCCCAAACCUGGACGCUAUCGAGGUCCGAUUUACGUCAACCUGCAUAGGUCCUGCUGGAGAGACUGAGGAAGCUCUGGAAUACCCAGACUAUGUGAACGAGCCCCGUGAGGAGCCGCCAAGCACCCGACUCUACACACUCGAAGCCAUCGCUAGAGCCAUGUAUGAACGAAACAGUCACACCAACUGGAACAUGGCUAGCGAACUGGUGCUCGAAAACCUGCAAAACUCGCCCUUGCCACAAAAUAUCAUGCAGUAUCUGCUUGAGGGCAUUGAACGCCUACACCUCAAGAUCGUUGCCGAAGGUGAUGGUACCUGGAGCCGACCCGAACCUGUGAAGCAACUCUACCGAGAGGAACUGAGAGAGUUUCCUGGCUUUCUGGAAGAAGACCUGUUCUACCGCGUAUCGAAGAUUCAUCUUGUCGACCUAACACUGGCCGGCAAGAAUUGGGGCGGCAUCCCUGGACAUUUCAGAGCCAGUAGCAUCAAAUUGCCAUCGUUAAAGACUCUGACCUUAGAAGGUCUUACCAUUUUGAAUCAGGAUCAAUUCGACUGGGUACUGAGAACGACAACUCUUACGAGCCUCCGUUUGCAUAGUUGCGCAAUCGCUACCCACUGUCUCGUUUUACAACCCGAGUUUUCGUUCUGGGACGUUAGCCUUCAAGGCUGGAAGAGAGUAAAAGACAACACCUACGCUGUCAGUCAGCAUCGACAUCCCAUAUCCCACACACCAGACCCUGGCGCACUUGUACCUGGUUGGUACGUCAAUCCUCUCAGGUGGGCUACUUUAUUCGGCAGUAUUGCCGAGCGUCUCCGUUUGCUGAAGAACUUCAGUUUUGACGGAGAGGUAUGGGAGACCUACUUUAGACAGGACAAGCAGGAUGAUUGCAGCGAUGGAAUGGAAGGUCGUUAUCUGGGAUUUGCGCAGGGCUGGUCUUGCCUCAACGAACCGCACACGGAAUGGUUUGAACAUUGUGGAUAUAUUCAAGAUGGCGUGCCGGGCAAGCCAGAGGAGCUGUUGGAAUUGACCAGACAGACUGAUGGAGAAGCGCUGGAGGAGGUACUCCGAACAGUCAAGGAACGUCGCAGUGCAGACCGUCGACAUUCGCCGUCUAACUAG